AUGUCCUCAAUCCCAACAUAUAGCUCAGCGCCGGUGAACGCCAACCGCCCAGAAGAAAUGGGUCCAACAACAACAACCUCGUCCUCCGAUCCCGCCACUAGCAUGGAAUCCUCUGAAACAACCGCCGCGAAACCACCAACACCGACACAAACACAACCCCCAACCACCUCUCCCCGACCCGCCCAGCCAGCCGCUGCCCCGGCGCACCCAACACCAGCACCAGCCGCAAAAGCCACAACAACAACCUCCUUCCCCGAAUCCGCAAGCUCAACAACCUGCGCGCCACCCGCGCCGCAACCGGUCUCCAGACCCCAGCACCCAACCGCAACAGGCCCAUCCCUAGCACCAGACCACCCAGCGGGAUUCCCAAAUCCCGCUCCUGCACCACCCGAAGCAGGCGCCGCACCAGCACCAGCGGCGGGAUCACUCUGGCCGCCCCCGAAAGCAGGCGCCGUGCAAACACCAGCGCCGUCCGCGCCCACGCAGACUGCGUAUACGCAGCCGUACUCGUUUACACCGGGCUCGGCAAUCCCGAACUCGACAUCCGCCUCUUACGGCUCUGUCUAUCCGACUUCCGCGGGAAGGCCGGCUGGGUUGCCGUUGCAUAAUGGUGGUGGUGGGUCUGGUGAUGGGGUUGGGGAGGAGGAGGAGGGAUUCCUUGGUGCUGCGAAGGGGUGGUUGACGUGGGGUGGGGGAAGCUGGUUGAGGCUGAGAAGGAGGUUUGGAGGCGGAUCAAUGACGUUCAUGAGAAGUGAGCAACGAGUAACUUGCUUCUUGCUUGGGUUUGGGGAUUGGGGUUUGUGGGUUAAAUUGGAUUAUGUGGGCGUUUGGGACUCAUUUGGGUAG